AUGGCGGAACAGUAUGAGCGCUUCAAGCGCUUCGAAUAUCGUAUGAACUCGAAUCUGGUCAUUCAAAGAGAAGGUCCAGGUCCCAGACAAGGCGAAUCUACCGGAGAACCGGAAUCAUUGGUAGGACGUCUAAAACAUAGGAUGGGUGAUAGAGUUUCCUAUACGAGUGUAAAACCCAGAAGCGAAAAACUGAAGUCUAGGUCUAUGAUUGAUGCGCCAAAACGGAAACAAAAAGCACAACUGGAUGUUAAUGCUAAUGAUUCGGUGUUAAACGUUGAUUUGUCGGUUGGGACAUUUUAUGUUCCUUCAUCAAAUUAUACACGAGCAAAAUACGAAGAGCUAUUAAAUAUGCUCCAACAAUCUCUAGGUGAUCAGCCUCAAGAUGUUCUGAAGGGGGCUUUGGAGGAAGUUCUGUUCAUUUUAAAGUCUUCAGAUUCAAAAGGUAUUGAUAGGAAGGCUGCCUGCGAAGAACUACUUGGUCCAAUUAGUGAUGAUCUUUACUACCGUUUAUACCAUACCUCGAAAGAACUCAUAGAUUUUACUCUGCCGGGGGACUCUAAGGGUACAGGUACCAUAGAUGAUAAUUCAGGUGUUGCUGUUGUUUUUGAUGAAGAUGAAGACGCCAAUGAUGCGAACUCAGACGGAUAUUAUUAUGAGGUACCAGCGGAUGAAGAAUUUGAACACGAGAAAGAUUCAAAAGCCGCAGUAGAAUUUAUAAGGCAGGACAGUGUACAGGACGAAUCGCAAUUUGAAACUGAUAAAUACCACCUACCUAUAAGCCGUAUAGAUUCCCAUUGGUUGCAAAGAGAACUGAAUCUGAUAUUUGGUGAUCCAAACGUUGCUGUGGCUACAGAGAAGGAGAUUCUAUCGGCGAUCAAAAUAGAAGAUGUGCAAGAAUGCGAAAAUAGACUUGUGCUUAUCCUAAAAUAUGAGAAUUUUGAGUUUGCCAAAUUGGUACUGAAGAACAGAUGGAAAAUUAUGUACUGUACGAGAUUGGGUCAGUCCCAAACACCAGAAGAGAAAGCACGUAUAUUUGAAGAAAUGAAGAAAACUCCAGAAGGUCUUCAAGUACUACAGGAACUUGAGGUUGUAAAUUUAAGGAGGAGCAAAGAACAGGAGCUUGCACUAAACGUUAAGAGAGAAGCAGCUUCACUCUCUCGUAAGGCAAAAAUGGAUAGUGAGGAUAAAUCUGAUAAUGUGGAUGACUUGGGUUUAGAUGCUGGACAUACAGAUUUUAAUACUGAUACUGACGUACAUAUGGAUAACACCGGUAACUUGGGCCCUAAAAUUGUGGAUUUAGAGUCAAUGGCAUUUAAAGAUGGUUCACAUCAUAUGUCAAAUGUUAAAGUCGUCUUACCUGAAGGUUCUGAGAGAAUUGAGCAUAAGUCUUACGAUGAAGUAGUAAUUUAUCCGCUAGAACGUCCAAAAGGUCUUAACAGGAAACCUAUACAAAGCUUACCUGAAUGGGCCCAAAAGGCAUUUCCAAAUAUUGAGUCCCUCAAUCCAGUACAAUCCGCCGUCUGGGAUAUAGCAUUUAAUCAUUUUGAUGAAAACAUGUUGAUUUGCGCUCCAACCGGCUCGGGUAAAACCAACAUUGCUGUUCUGUGUAUCUUAAAUAUAUUCUCUAGAUACAUUGAUGAAAAUGGAAGUUUGGAUUCUUCUGGAUUUAAAAUUGUCUACGUUUCACCUAUGAAAUCUCUGGUUAUGGAACAGACACAAGCAUUUACCAAGAGAUUUACUCCAUUUGGAAUCAAUGUUAGUGAACUUACAGGUGAUAUCAGCAUGACCAGACGUGAAAUUGAGAAUACACAAUUGAUUGUCACUACCCCUGAAAAGUGGGACGUUGUUACUAGAAGGUCAGGUUUUGAAUCAUCUGUUGAACUUAUGAUUUUUGAUGAAAUCCACUUAUUGCACGAUAAGAGAGGUCCUGUUUUGGAAGCAUUGGUAUCAAGAGUGGUAAAUAACGACAGAAGAUCAGGAAUAAGAACUAGAUUAGUUGGUCUAAGCGCUACAUUACCAAAUUUCAGAGAUAUUUCAGACUUCCUUUGCGUUAAUCCUGACAGGGGUUUGUUCUAUUUUGGAAAUCACUAUAGACCUGUGGGACUGGAGCAGAGAUACAUUGGUAUUAAAGAGAAAAAGGCUAUCAAGAAAUUUAAUACUGUAAAUGAAAUUUUAUUUGAAAGAGUAAUUGAAGAUAUCAGGGAUAAUAAGAAUCAGAUCCUCAUAUUUGUACAUAGCAGAAGGGAAACUGUUAGAACUGCCAAAUUUAUAAGGGAUACAGCACUAUUAAAGGAUACAUUAUCCACCAUACUUACCACGGAUAGCGCAUCCAGAGAAAUUUUAUCAUCUGAGGCAGAGGCUAUUAAAAACGCAGAACUGAAGGAGUUACUUCCCUAUGGAUUUGGAAUACAUCACGCAGGGCUACCUAGAUCUGACAGGAAACUGGUGGAAGAUCUUUUUGCAGAUGGACAUAUACAAAUUUUAGUCAGUACAGCAACUCUAUCUUGGGGUGUAAAUUUGCCUGCACAGACGGUUAUCAUUAAAGGAACACAAAUUUAUUCACCAGAAGAAGGAUGUUGGACGGAAUUGUGUCCUCUUUCAGUGCAGCAAAUGAUGGGAAGAGCAGGUAGACCUCAAUAUGAUAAGGAAGGCAAAGGCAUUAUUAUUACUUCCCAUGAAAAACUUCAGUUUUAUCUAUCCUUGAAUAAUCAACAGCUUCCUAUAGAAUCGCAAAUUAUUUCUAAAUUACCAGAACUCCUUAAUGCUGAAAUUGUCUUAUCAAAUAUCUCAUCACUGGAGGAUUGUGUAUCUUGGUUAAAAGAUACAUAUUUGUACGUAAGAAUGAGAAUGAGCCCGGAAUUAUAUGGAAUUGAACUUCAUGUAGAUGGUGAUUCCGGUACAGAGCCUCUGGAUCAUGAACUUAUAGACAACCUAGUACUUGAAAGGCUCCGUGAUAUAGCACAUACUGCCCUAUCGACCCUUGAUAAACAUGGAAUUGUAAGGUAUGAACGAAAAUCUGGUACUUUACUAUCAACAGGAAUGGGAAGAAUCGCGAGUUUAUAUUACUUGAAACCCGAGUCCAUACGCAUCUACGCUGAUAACUUGAAACCUAAUUUAUCUGAUUCUGACAUACUGAAAGUAUUUGCAUCUAGCCUUGAGUUUCGCUAUAUUCCGGUUAGAGAAGAAGAGAAGAUUGAACUAUUGUCUCUGAUGGAAAAGGUUCCCAUUCCAAUAAGGGGCAGUACUACUGAUCCUAAUACACAUUCUAAGAUAUCAAUACUCCUUCAAGCAUAUAUUAGUGGUUUGGAGUUGGAAGGAUAUGCUUUAAUAUCUGAAAUGGGUUUUAUUACUCAAAAUGCUGGUCGUAUUAUUCAGGCUCUUUACACAAUUUGCCUCAAAAGAUGUUGGUCACGUCUCAGUCAGAAAUUGUUUGAUCUGGGUAAAAUGGUAGAAAAAAGAAUGUGGAACGUAAUGUUGCCUCUCAGACAAUUCAAGAGUCUUCCAGAAGAGUUGGUAAUUAAACUCGAGAGAAAGGACUUUUCUUGGGAUCGUUAUUACGACUUAAGUAGCGUAGAGUUGGGUGAAUUAUGUCGGCAGCCAAAACUUGGGAAAUCAUUGCAUAAACUUGUGCAUUUGAUACCUAAAUUGAACAUUCAAGUAUUCAUACAACCAUUGACACGUUCAAGGCUCUCAUUAGAAGUGACAAUUUCUCCAGAGUUCCAGUGGGACACAAAAUAUCAUGGUUAUCAGGAGAGAUUUUGGUUGUUUGUUGAAGAUGGAAACGGUGAAAAUAUUUUGUAUUCUACAACGUAUAUUCUUCCUGCAUUUUCAGCUAAUGAUGUAGAAAGUUUAGAGAAUUCAAUAUUUUUCACUGUACCUAUAGCAGAACCGUUGCACUAUAACUAUUUCCUUAGAAUUGUUUCAGAGAAGUGGAUUGGAAGUUCAACAUCAUUUUCAAUAUUAUUCAAUAAGCUCAUUCUGCCUGAAAGGGAUAAUCCUCAUACGGAGCUUUUAGACCUACAGCCAGUCCCAAAGGUAUCCCUCUACAACCGAAUAGCCACAGAAAACUCUGGGAUCUCUGAUGAUGCCAAGAAGAUUUUUACUAGGGAAUUUUUCAGCAAAAAAUUUGGAACAGGCUCUUUUAAUCCUAUUCAAACGCAGGUCUUUUCGGCAAUAUAUUCUGGAAAUGAUUCAGUUCUUCUUUGUGCUCCCUAUAAAACCGGGAAGUUUACAUGUGCUGAAAUUGCCAUAUGUAGAUCCUUGUCUCACAACCUAGAUUCUACUAUCAUUGUAAUUUCAGCCUUUGAGUCCACUGCGUGUGCUAGAUAUGAGAGGUUGAUGGUUAAGUUUGGAGAUAUUUGUAAGGUUGGUCUAUUGACCGGAGAUUUUAGAACAGACUUGAGAAUUAUAGCUGAAUCAUCAAUAGUAAUUUCAAUUCCAAAACACUGGGAUUAUGUCUCCAGAAGAUGGAAAAGUAAGAAAUGUUUACAGAGUAUUGACCUUUUCAUUGUUGAGAAUUUGGAACUUAUAAAUGAUUAUACUGUUGGACCUGAAAUUGAAAUUUGUGUCAGCAGAAUGAGAUUUAUUUCAGCACAGUUAGGUAACUUUACCAGGAUUAUUGGCCUGUCUAUAUCAAUAUCAAAUGCCCACGACGUAGCAGGUUGGAUUGGAGCCCCUAGCACUUUGGCUUUUAGCUUUGACCCAUCCAAAAAUAAUAUUAUAUCACCGGUGAUAAUUCAACCAUUCGAUCAAAGUGACCCAGAAAGUAGAAAAUUUGCAAUGUUCACUAGCAUAUGUAAAAAUGUGUUUAACAAUUUCCCACGAUCUUCCAUAGUGUUCACUACUGGUAGGAAAUUUUGUAGACUAAUAGCAAUGGAGCUGUAUAUGCACAUUUCAAAUUUAGAACAACUACAUAUGGAUUCAGACACACAUACUUCUCUAAUAUCCUCUUGGAAUAUUUAUAAAGAUGAGGAACUUGAUACAAUUCAAACAUUGAUAGAUAGAGAAAGAGCACUAAGUAGGCUCCUAAUGUUAGGUGUUUGUUACUGCCAUGAAGGGUUUUCGCCGAGUGAAGUUAGGGUAAUCGAAAAGGCUUUCAAAACAGAAAACAUAAAGGUUUUGAUCUUGACUUCAAGUCUUGCGUGGAACACUUCGGUUUUUGCUCCGUUAGUCAUAGUUGCAGAUACAGCUACUUCAUCAUUGAAUAGGCCUAUUAAUCACGGAUUUUAUCCUCAGGCUGAUAUUCUCCGCAUUAUAAGUCAUACUAGAACAUAUGGCAAUGAUAAAAGCGAUUCUUUGUCUUCCAUUAUCAUGCUUGAAAGUUCACAAAGAGAUCAUUACAAGAAACUCAUACAUGAAGCAUAUCCCGUUGAAAGCGCUCUAGAAAAUCGCUUGGAGGAAUUAGUGAAUGCAGAAAUAGUUCAGGGUGCCAUAGAAAACCCACAGGAUGCAAUUGAUUGGCUAACAUGGACAUUGUAUUAUAGGAGGCUUCUCAAGAACCCGAAUUAUUAUUCACUGCAGGGUGUAUCUGGUUCUCACUUGAGUGAACACUUGAGUGAACUUGUAGAAAAUGUGUUUAGCACUCUUGAAAAGUCGCAAUGUGCUACUGUGGAAGAAGAAUCUAUAUCUCCUCUGAAUCUUGGUUUUAUAUCUGCGUUCUACUAUUUGAAAUGUGCUACUAUAGAACUCUACGCAAAGAAUGUGUCUUCUAAUUCUGGAAGGGACAGCUUACUUGAAAUAUUAUCAUAUUCUGAAGAAUUUUCUGACAUUCCAUUGAGAGCGGGAGAAAGGAUACAUAACUUAUCGCUGGAUGGCGUUUCAGUCAGUACCAAGGUUAAACUUCUCCUUCAGUGCCAUCUUGACAGGAGCUUAUUAUCAAACGACUUGACUAGCGACCAACGUCUGAUUUUAACAAGAAUAUCCCCAUUAAUUUAUGCACUAGUGGAUGUAAUAUGUAGUAAUGGUUGGCUCUCUCCUGCUCUUAUUGCUAUGGAUUUAUGUCAAAGAACCAUUCAGGCUAUGGGCGUCUCCGAUUCACCUUUGAAGCAACUACCAAAUGUUUCAACCGACUUUAUAGACAGAUCCAAAGAAUUUGGUGUAAACGAUUUGUUCGAUUUGAUUGGUAUGGAGGACGAAGACAGAAACAAACUUUUGGAAGGGUUUUCCAAACGUCAUACAUUUGAAAUAGCUGCUGUUUGCAAUGCAGUUCAGGUUCUUGAUGUACGAUAUUCACUCAAUGUAGACAAAGUCGGCGCUGGAGAGCUUCUAAGUCUGCAUGUUGAUAUAGAUCGGGAAGGAGAGGAUGUUCCGGUUCAUGCCCCUUACUUCCCAUUGGAUCGUCAGGAACAGUGGUGGGUUCUGAUUGGAGAAAGUGAGACAAACAAACUCUACGGUAUAAAGAGGGUAUCACUUUCACAACAAGGUAAUAAAGUUAAGCUUGAUUUCGAGGCUCCAUCGCAACCAGGAAAACAUACAUUAAUUUUGUAUAUUGUAAGCGAUUCUUACGUCGCUACGGAUCAUCAAUAUCCCGUAGAGAUCGAGGUACACUGA